AAAAAAAAAAAAAGCUUUAAAACCUCAAAUCAUCAGUCUCUCUCUGUGGGUUUGCUUCUGGGAACCUUGAAGUAGCUUCUUGGGAAGAAGAACCUUCUUGCUCGUUUGCCAAAUUCGGGUUUAGCUUCUUCACAGAUUCAAACCAUGAUUGAAAGAAGAGUAUCACCGGAACCUACUUUGGAUGAUGCAGUUUCAUUCAUUGAUUCUGUUAAGGAAGCAUUUCAUGAUGAACCUGCAAAAUUUCACGAGUUUAAAGCGCUCCUGAAUGAUGUUCGAGAUCAUAGAGUUGAUAACGCUAGUGUCAUUGCAAGAAUGAAUGAACUCAUUAGAGGGUACCCGAAGCUGCUUCGUGGUUCAAGAGUCUUCUUGCCCGAGGCUGAGAUAACCAUCCCUCCCAAGGCUGAGCAACGCCCUGAGUCUGAUGGUGAUCAAAAGAAAUGUGCUGAUUUAGAGAAUCAUAUGAACAAGCUUGAGACAAGGCUUGAUACUCUUGUAUUUCCGACAAUGACUGAAAAGACUUAUGAGGGAAGGAAGUCGAUAAAGGAGCUGCACGAGGAGGUAGUCUUUUUAUCCGAGGAUAAGAUAACCAUCCCACCCAAGGCUGAUAGAACCAUCCCCUCCGAGGCUAACAAAACCAUCCCUCCUGAGGCGAACAAAGGGUUAAGCCAAUUUCAAACCAUGGUUGGAAAAAGUGUACGACCAAAGAAAACUAUCAAUGAUGCACGUUCAUACAUCUACUCCGUGAAGGAAGCAUUUCAUGAUGAACCUGCAAAAUAUGCCGAGUUUCUCAAGCUCUUGGAUGCUUAUAGAGCCCGUAGAGUCGAUAAAGACAGUGUCAUUGCAAGGGUGGAGGAACUCACGAAAGAUCACCGGGAUCUGCUUCUUGGUUUAAGUGCCUUCCUGCCUGCGGCUACAAAAACAAUUCCUCACAAGGCUGAUGAGCUAACCAGCCUUCCUGAGGCUAACAGAGCCACCCCUCCCAAGGCUAGCAGAACCAUCCCUCUGAAGUUUAAGAUAACCAUUCCACCAAAGGCUAGAAGAACCAUCCCUUCUGAGGCUGAGAAACCUACACACUCUGAUGAAUUGAAUUUUAUGAACAAGCUUAAGGUACAUAGAAUGAUGGUACCUUUCUUGAUAUUUCCUCUUUUGCUAACUUGUGAGAUUAAUAACAUAUUCGUCGAUCUGCAGACAAGGUUUCAGAGAAUUGAUAAUCAUGUAGUUGGGUCAUUUCGCUCGAUAAUGAAAAUGUAUGAAGAAGGAAAGAAGUCAGUAAAGGAGGUGCACGAGGAGGUCUAUGAUCUUCUCUAUUAUCAUGAAGAUCUGAUUGAGGACUUCUCCAGAAUCUUUCGAUCCUUUCGCAUCAACAUCUCUACUAUUUCACUGAAUUUGUUUCUUGAAAUUGAAGUCGUUUCCACUGCGAAGAGGAAGCAUCUUGCUCGUUUGAGGGAUCGACUGAUGAUGAUCUGCUCUGUUUUUAACGAACAGAGAUCUCCAGUAAUCGGAAGAAGAGUAUCAUUGAAGCUAACUAUGGAUGCUGAUCGUUUAAAUAUCGCUUCUACGGAGAAAGCAUUUCAUGAAAGAGAACGAACAACUAUGCGUGAAACGGUUACAUACAUCGCUCAUGUGAAGGAAGCAUUUCUUGAUGAACCUGCAAAGUUUGACGAGUUUCUCAAGCUCAUGAAAGAUGUUUGUGAUCAUAAAAUCGAUGAAGCUAAUGGCAGUGCAAUGAUGGCUGAAAUCAUUAAAGGGCACCCAAAUCUGCUUCUUCGUUUAGGUGUCUUCUUUCCCAAGUAUUCUGUGAACAAGCAUAAGGGUAAGAGAACCAUCCCUCCAGAUGAUGAGCAUGGUGGUAGUGCUGAGUCUAGUAAUAACAAAAAAAACCGUGCUGCCAAUUUUAUGGAGAAUCUUGAGGCAAGGUUUCAGGGUGAUGGUGGUCAUGUAGUUAACUCAGUUCUCCAGAUAAUUAGGAUGUACACUAUUGAGGGAAACAAGUCCAAAAAUGAGGCGUAUCAUGAGGUCGUUGCACUUCUUCAGGGUCAUGUAGAUUUAAUCAUGGAGUUUGGCGAAUAUUUUAGUGAUAAAUUGUCUCAGCCUAAAUAUGCUUGAAUAUAAUGUGACAGAAAAGAGUAGAGCUUCUAACGAGAAGAGAGUGUUAUAGUUUUCUUUUGUAAGACAUUUGAGUUAGGUUUGAUUUCUUCGUCUAAAGAGAGAACAGAACAUCAUCAAAAUGCUAUAUUGAUAUUUCUUUGU